AUGUCUGCUAAAAAAGUCAUAUUCCUACACGGAUACGCCCAAUCGGCCUCAAUAUUCUCAGGGAAAACAGGUGGUCUUCGAAAAACCUUGAAAAAACAGGGAUAUGAAUCCAUUUACAUCAAUGCCCCAAUGAAGUUGAAAGGCGAUCAACUUCAUGAUCCAUCUUCAGAAGAAUUAGACCUAUACGGAUGGUGGCCAUAUGGGAUGGAUGAUUAUGAAGUCCAACCGGCUAUUGAUCUUGUUUUGGGCCAAACGAAUGGUGAUGAACAAGUUGAAGGUAUCAUUGGUUUCAGUCAAGGUGCUGGUUUAAGUGGUGCUAUAGUGGCUAAAUAUAAAGAAGCUUUACCUUCUUUAAAAUGGGUUGUUUUCUUCAGUGGGUUCAGAUUGAAACCUGCUAAGUUUGACCAUUGGUAUGAUUCAAAGAUUGAUUUACCUUCUUUGCAUGUUAUUGGUGAAUUAGAUACUGUUGUGGAGGAAGGUCGUUCAAUAAGAUUGUUGGAUUCCUGUAUUGAUGAAAAGAAAACUCUAUUGAAACAUCAAGGUGGCCAUUACGUGCCGAAUAAUAAAGAUUUUGUCAAUAAAGUUGUUGCAUGGAUACAGGCAAAUGGUAUCGAAAAGAUUGAAGAAAAGAAUGAAAUCGAUGAUGAUGAUUUGAUGGCACAAAUUGAUAACUUGGGUAAAGCUUAA